AUGCAUGCCACGCGUCACUUCCACUUUAUUACGAAGAUCAGCAAGAUUUCAAGACCCCCCGCCAGCGGCUAUGAAAUUGCUGAACUACCAAAUGAAAAGGUUUUUAUGGAUUUUCUCAAGUAUUACAGCACAAAUUGUGUGCUGGCCGUUCUUCAUUCUGGCUCGCUCCGCGGCACGGCGGGAGGAGGAGGAACUGGCACGAAGAUCGUUGAGGAUCCUCUCACACGCAGCUUUAUCUCGUCCAUCAACGCAAUGAACAUGGGGAACCCCAGUGAAACGAAACUGGCGCUCGUGCCUGGGCCACAUGCCCCUAAGAUGGUAGAGGAGUACGGUGUGCUGACUUAUCCGACGGUGCUCUUGUUCAUGAACGGAAAGUGCGUGGAUCGGGUUGUCGGGGCACGCACACGGGAGCUUUCUAUCAAGUCCCUCUUCACACUGCGAAAUGCGCAGAGAAACAUCUUUUCAAGGGAGUGA